UUGGAACUUAAAGUUCAUGUAUGAGUGAUAUCAUCAUCAUCUAAACAAAGUAAUAGUUUAGGUUAUUGUUUGUAGGCCUAUCUAUACUUGAUUGACAAGGUAAAUUAGCAUAAUUAUGAGUAGUAAGUCUGUGAAAACAUCUUAUCCUGAUAGAUCAAUAAGUCAGCCACAACAGAAAUACCAGAAAUUUCAAAACUCAGAAGAUGGGAAUGCCUCUGGUAAAAGAAUAGUUCAAGCAUGUUCAACAUCACAAGAUAUGAGCCUCUUUAGCAGGAGCUAUGAAGGAAGAAAGAGAGGACCGCCACUUGACUCAGAACCUAGUGAUCAUCAGGAUGUAAUAUCUUGCACAGGAGAGAUGGACGUGGAAGCACUUAGGUUAACGUUAAAACAGUACGACCAGGAACACCUGCUGAAAUUCUGGUCGUGUUUAACAAGUAAACAGCGUACUAUGUUAUACAAGGAGUUGUCAGAUAUGGAUUUGGAGGAAGUUUGUAAUAUCUAUAGAGAAUGUAAUCAAAAUUCGGGUGAAGAGAAUGAGAAGUUAGACGAGCUGCUUCAACCCAUCCCGUCCGAGCUUCACGGUGGUGUGUCCAGCAGUAGUCCGGAAAAGAUCGCUGAUUUAAGAAACAUUGGUUUAGAAAAGAUUUCAGAACAUAAAGUAGCAGUUCUGCUACUUGCUGGUGGUCAAGGUACAAGACUUGGAGUGCCUUAUCCAAAAGGAAUGUAUGAUGUUGGGCUUCCAUCUCAUAAAACUCUCUACCAGCUACAAGGAGAGAGAAUCCUUCGCCUUCAACUGUUAGCUGAAGAGAAGACCGGAAAACCGUGCAUAAUACCAUGGUACAUCAUGACCAGUGAACAUACCAUGGAUCCAACUAUUGAAUUUUUUGAGAAACACAAUUACUUUGGGUUAAAGAAAGAAAAUUUUAUAAUUUUUGAACAGGAUAUGCUUCCUUGUUUCACAUUUGAUGGAAAAAUUAUUUUGGAAACUCCAUGGAAAAUAGCAACAGCUCCUGAUGGUAAUGGUGGUCUGUACAGAGCCUUAAGGAAGCAAGGUAUUGUGGAGGACAUGGAAAAACGUGGUGUCAUGUAUAUACAUGUUUACUGUGUUGACAAUAUUCUGGUCAAAUUAGCUGAUCCUGUAUUUAUUGGUUAUUGUGUUGAGAAAGGAGCUAACUGUGGGGCAAAGGUUGUGGAGAAACUAUUCCCUACUGAAGCAGUUGGUGUUGUUUGUAAAGUAGAUGGCAAGUACCAGGUGGUAGAGUACAGUGAAAUAUCACUGAAAACUGCACAGAAACGAAACCCUGAUGGACGUCUGACUUUCAAUGCUGGAAGCAUCUGCAACCACUUCUUCACUUUAGAUUUUCUACAUACUGUGAUAAAAUCUAAUAAUUUGAAACAUCACAUUGCCAAGAAGAAAAUUCCAUAUGUUAAUGAGGAGGGUGAAGUAGUGAAACCAGAUAAGCCAAAUGGUAUUAAAUUAGAAAAGUUUGUGUUUGAUGUCUUUGAAUUUUCAAGUCAGUUUGUUGUAUGGGAGGUACUUAGAGAAGAUGAGUUUUCUCCACUGAAGAAUGCUGAUGGAGCAGAAAAAGAUACACCAACCACAGCCCGCCAUGCUCUUUUUAGCCUCCACCAAAGAUAUGUCCUUAGUGCAGGAGGAAAAUUUGUUGAUGAAGAUGGAACUACAAUCCCUUUAAUUCCAAGCCUGUCCACCACACAGAAAAGCAGUUUGAGUAGCACUUGUAAAGAAACUGGUCAUGGUGAUGAUACAGAUAGUCAAAAAUAUUACCAGAAAUACCAAGGCCCAGUAGUGUGUGAAAUAUCUCCUCUUCUCUCCUAUGAUGGUGAGGACCUACAUGAACUGGUCAGUGGAAAGAAAUUCACUCCUCCUCUGGUCUUGGAAAGCACACAGGAACAAAAGUGCCAAAAUGGAACCAAAACACCAAACCUGCCUUUUACUGUGUAGAAAAACAGUGGACUUUGUAAUGUUUCUCAGCACGUGUUUGUGGUGGUUGUCUAUUUGUAUACUCAUCAUUGUGUGUAUGUAGACACAAGCUGGGGCAGUAAAUGAAACUUAGACUAUCGUGUGCUGGUACUAACUUAAUAAUAGAAAGUUACUUCAAAACUGCACCAGAUGUCAAGUAAUUGCACAUCUUAUCCGUUUGAAACAUUAAGAGGCAUGAAUUAAGUAUUGACCAACCAGUGUUAGUGUGUUUCCUAAGAUUUAUAUUUGAUUAGCACAAAAUGUUUACAGAAAAAAUUUGAACUCUUUUUUUUUAAAUUUAUGGUAGGAGCA